CUUCGUCCGGAUCGCCGCCGCCUCUCUCUCGCUCUCUUUUGCUCUCGUAUAUAUACAGUCGCGGCUCUCUCUCUCUCUAUCUCUCUCUCCCACGCUAUACAGAGAGCUUUGUGAAACGCACGCGCGCGCGGAACCACGCUAUACGUGCCCCCUUCUCUCCGUAACUCGCACGUUCCUCCACCAGCAGCGUUGUGCACCAGCGGAGCCAGACUCUCGGCCCCCCCGUAUAUACCGACGAACGCGCAGUGGACUGCCGACGCUUCCCGAGCACACACGGAGUACGUUGCACCUACGACCGGACAUCAGCGGUACAAUAUAAAACAACAAACCCAAAGUUGUACCCAAGACUCCUCGUCGUUGUCCACCACAGCCUGUAAGCCCACGACAAUAUCAUGAAGUUCUUGGGACUCUUGUUGGUGAUCCUGGCGGUCGCGAGGGCGAUGCCAGUGGCCGAGGAGAAGAAGCCGGAGCCGGUGAUGGGUGUCGUGCCACUCGAAAAGUCCCUGCAGGAGGAGAAGCCCGUGCAGGCCGAGGAGCCGGCCAAGCUGCCAGCCACCGAGCCCGCCCAAAUUGCCCCGCAACAACCGAUCGAGCAGCCGCGCUCGGCCGCCAUCGCCGAGGACAAGCCGCUCGUUGUGUCCCAGAAGGACGAGAAGAUCGAGGAGCCCGCCCCCAAGUCCGCCGAGCCCCUGCCCGAGAAAAAAAUCGACCUCGAGGAGCCCAAGAAGCCUGAGGAGGAGAAAAAGGCCGCCCCCGAGCCCGAGAAGAAGGCCGACGAACCCAAGGAGGAACUCAAGCUCGCCCCCUCCGAGCAGGUUGUAACGGCCGCCGCGGAGACCAAGAAAGCCGAGGAGCCCAAGGAGCCCGAGGUGGCCCCUGUGGUCGCCGAGCCCGUGCAGCCGAUCGCCAGCGCCGUUAGCUCCGAGGCAGAGCCCGCCCAAGCCAAAAAGAUCGACGAGCCGAUCGUCGCCGAAAAGAAGGAAGUCGCCACGAGCCCGAUCGCCCCCGAGCGAGUGACCCGCGAGGCCGAGGAAGCCGCCAAGCUCGAGAAGAAGCCCGAGAUACAGCCCGCCAGUACCGCCCCGGCCGUCGUCCCCACUGAGGCCGUCAUCGCCGAGGACAAGCCCAUCGAGCCCGUCAAGACCGAGCCCGUAGUCGCCGCCGCCGCUCUCCCCGAGGCCGAGCCCAAGAAGACCGAGGAGCCCGCCCCCGUGCCCGCCGCCGAGAGCAUCAACAAACUCGCCACCGACGCCGUAGUCGCCGAGGCCCCCAAACCCGAGGAGCCCCAACCCAUCAAGACCGAGCCCGUCGUAGCCGCCACCGCCGUCGAGCCCACCCCCGCCCAGCCUGCCCAGGAGCCCGCCAAGGAGCAGCGCUCCCAGGACACGGCCACGCUCGCCGCCGUAGAGCCCGAGAAGGCGACGGCCCCCGUCACCCCGGCCGAGGAGCCCCAGAAGGUGUCGCCGGUGGUGGCCGAGAAGACGGCCAAGAGCGCCGAGGAGCUGCCCAAGCCCCAGGAGGUCAAGGACGAGGCCACGGCGGCGGUGGUAGCGGUAGAGCCCGUCAAGGCGGAGGAGGAACCGAAGAGCCCCGAGCCCAUGGCCAAGAAGGAGGAGGAGAAGCCGACGACGCAGGCCAGCAGCUGCGCCGGCAGCGAGGAGUGCGACUGCGGCAGCAGCGAGGAGGACGACUCGAGCGAGGAGCAGCCCAAGAAGGACAGUUGCAAGAAGAAGCUGGCGCCGAUCAAGGCGAAGAAGGAGGAGGCGGAGGAGGUGGUGACCGGCAAGUCGGCGGCGCCCGCGCAGGCGGUGGCGGCGCAGGUGCAGCCCGAACAGCCAGAGGCAGUGGCCAAAGCAGCAGCAGCGCCCUUAUCUUAAGCUGGGGGGCUCGAACCUCUUUCUCUCUACUGUCGAUGAUCCGGUGGCGAUGACGAUGACGAUGAUGAUGAUGAUGAUGAUGAUCGGAAGCGACGAUUGUACACUUGUAGCGCGAGAGUGUGGCGCGAAUGCGUGAA